AUGCCUGGACGUCCAAAUCCACCGCCAUUGCCAGCUUGUGGCUAUGUCGUAAACGCCACAAAAAAAGGCAGUGUGCCAAUCAAAGUGGAGUCGCGAGCCAAAGGCAAAAAGGUGACCAUAGUUUCUGGUGUUCAGGGUGAUGCACAGUCACUUGUGUCCGCGCUUGGCAGCUUAUUGGGCUGUGGUGGUUCCGUAUGCCACGCAGCUGGUCAGACGCAAGUCUUGGUUCAAGGAGACCAGACCGAGCGAAUUACAGCCACCUUGGAACAACUCGGCUGCUUGCGUGGGGUGGCCAAAGCCGUAUCCAAGAAGAAAACACCGGAGGUUGUGGCAACUCGUACUUGUGCAUACGACAAGUUCCUCCGACAAGGAGACGAGAAUAAAGAUUUGCAGAAAUUGUUGGAAAAUGAAGCGCAUGCUCCUCAAUGCCUUCCAGGUGCGGAGUGUUUCCGUUGGCAUGGACUCUGGGUCUACUGCCGCGGAUGCUGUCAGCAAACGGAUUUUAGCGACGUGUGGGAGGAGCGUUUAGAUGGUGAGAUGUCAUUGGAUGCCCCGUCCACAGGCGACAGCCACUUUAUCGCUGCACCUCGAGUGCACUCGACCGUGGCAGGCCUGGACGGAGACCUGCGGAAGCUUGGGAUGUUGGCCGAAGUUGGUGAAGCUGCACAGACUUGGGGCCUGCGGCCAUCCAAUGCUAGCGAAGCAUGGAAAGGCCUCACUUUGGCGGAAUAUCGACGGAAAGCCGUGGCGCCUGGUGCCAGGCUUUUGGAGUACACGCCGACGGGAGCUGAGCGGACCAAGCCGACCGGCACGCCAAGCGUGCGCGCGCAAAGAGCCGCCCAGAAAUUACGAGCUCCGAAGCCCCAGAAACCUCCACCGGAGCAGGGAAGGUUUGCUUGCCCGACCUGUGGACAUAAUUUCGGUCUGCGCGUGACCUUGAAACAGCACAUGAUGUUGUCCCAUGGUGAGAAGCUUACUGGUCCAGUUCCAAACCUCAUGAAAGUGAAAGAUUCACAGCCCCUGUCUCGACCGCGGGAGAGGGUCCACCCAGAUCUUCUCCAUUCCCACGUGGAAAGUUGCCUCGCCGUCGCCAACGGCAAGGAGUCAUCAGACAGCGAAAGCGAUGCCGGUUGGGAAAGCCAAGAGGCCGACCUGGACGUUUGGAACACGUGUCCUCUGUGUGAGGAGAUUGUUCACCAGGAUGCGAUCGCCGGCCAUGUUGAGGCGUGCAUUGCUGCCUACCAGGCGAAUCACAGUGGCGGGUCUUCGCCCGAAGAGGAAAGCGGAGAGGCCAGUGACGGUGUGCAAGAUCUCGAAGCAAGUCGUGGUACUUCCGCGCAGCAGCUGCUUGUGGAAGGUUUGCCGGUCUGCGUGGUGGUGCGCAAGUGCCAUUCCCAAGGCGAACACCAGCUGCAGAUGGAAGAGGGGGAGGAGUUUGCCCUAGAGUGGGAACAACCCCCUGAG